AUGAUACCUAGAUAAUUGUUAAGUAUUGUAUUUGGUGAAAAAGAAAAUAUGGGAAUAUUAAAAUUGAUGAGUUAUGAUGGAAUCAAGGAUCUCAUCAAAGAAAGUAUUAAAAGGAACAGUCAAUUUCUUACAGACGUAUGCUCUUCUAAAACUUGUCCAUGA